CACUGCAUGGUACCAACUCGACACGACUCGACUCGACUCAGCUCGCCUUUUUUGCGUUUCCACCGCGAUCUAGUACCUCAAGUGGCUGCUUUUUCUAGUACCGCCUCGCUCUAGGUUCCAAGCGGCUGAGCCGAUACUAAAAGGUGACGUCGGCAGACGGCCGGCCACUGAUUGGCCAGAGAAUGUGACGAUGUCACGAGAGCGACAUGGCAACCAUGCUGGUAACAGCCAUAACAGCGCCGCAGCCAACAUAUAUUCCACUUCUUCAACUUCUUCAACAUGACAACUAGUAAGUCAACACAGUGGUCCAUUGCUGAGGUGCAGACGCUUCUGUGUCUUGUGGCCGAGGAUAGAAUUCAGAAAGAGCUGGACGGAGCCACCCGUAAUGAAAAGGUUUAUAAGGAGGUCGCUAAGUUGAUGCAAGACAAUGGUUACAUCAGGUCUUACGUGCAGUGUCGAGAUAAGCUCAAAAAACUUAAAAGCGACUAUAAAGCCAUUAAGGACCAGAACGGCAGGAGUGGGUCGAACCGAAAAUCGUGGAAGUGGUACGACCAAAUGGACGCCAUUUACGGCCACAGACCGGCAAACAACGGGAGGGAGAGUGGCAUCGACUCGGCCAUGAGUUUGUUGGAGGAAAUUAAUAAUAAUGACUUCCUAUCUACAAACGAAGAAGGCGGUUUGGUCGACAGUGAUGAACCCCCAGAAGCAGCUUCAACAACGCCACCGCCCACAGAACCACCUUCUCCAGCGUCCAGCACCAGCACCAGCACCAGCACCACUGACAAGAGAAAAAGGAGCCUGUCGCAACAGGAGCACUCGGCUCAAGUGACGGACUGUCUCAGAGAAAUGCACUCCGAUGACAUCGCCCAACAGGAUCGUGCCCGGGCCCAGCGUGACGACCACCUCCAGCUGCUCCUCAUUGACGCCCGAGAAGCGAGGGAGCAGGAAGCAUCAUUGAGGAGAGAGGAGGCGGCACAGACUUCAGAGUUCCACCGAUCGUUCCUUGGUGUGUUCGGCCAACUGGUGGAGGCAAUGCGUGACCGACGUGUUUGA